AUGAAAGUUCUUAAUUUCCCCUUUAUCUUAAAUAAAAGAUCUUGUUUUAGUAUAUACAAUUUUUUUAUUUCAUUAAGAAAGGGUGGCGAAUCUACCUUGAAAAACGAUAUAAAACAUAACUAUAUAAAAGAGUUAUUAACAUAUGAGAAAGAAAAACGAAAGAUGAAAAAAAAGAUAACAGAGUAUGAUGGAAAUAAUAUUAGUAAUAAACAUUUUAAUGAAUACAUAAAAGAUAUGGAAGAAAAGAUAAAAACUCAUAAUGAUUUAAUUAGUGAUGAUGAAAAUAAUAAAAAAGUAAAACAUUUAAUUAAAAUGAAUAAAACGGAAGGAGGAAUAAGAAUAAAAUGUUCUACAUCUUUAAUAUAUAUGUUAUCAUUAAAAUGUAGAUAUAUUGAAAGUAUAUGGUUAAAUGUUUCAAAAAAUAAAAAAUGUAAUUCUUUAAAUUGUUUAAGAGAUAUUCUUUUAAAUAUUGAAUGGAACAAAUAUAUUCAUUAUGAAGAUUUAAAAUAUAUUCCUUUGAAAAUUAUAUGUACACAAUCUACAUUAUUUAAUAUAUCAAAUUUAAAAAAUGAAAUAUAUAAAUAUAUAAAUGAAGUCAUUUUAAUGUCUCAAGGUGAUCAAAAUAUAUCAUCAAAUGUCGAGAUUAUUAAAAAUUUAAAAAAUAACAUAAACUCAGAAUAUUCAUAUGAUCAUUUACUUACUUCAAAAAAGUUUAAUGAUACACAAAAGGAUAUAUAUUCUGAUAACCAUAUAAUACAAGAUAAUAAUUGUUUUACGACAUCCGAAAAAAUAAAUAUAGAAAAUAAUUUAAAAAACAUAUGGAAUUUGUUAUCUGUUCAUAUACAUAAUAAUAUAUGUAAUGUUGAUAUAAAAUUCACAGGAAAAUUAUCUCCAAGGUUUUAUCAAUAUGUUAAUAUGAAAGAAUUAAAGGAUAUACCAAAUAUAGAUAAAUAUGAAAAUAUUAAUUUUUCAUCUCUUUUUUAUAAAUAUCCUAAAAUAAAUGAUGAGAAAAUAAAAAACAUUGUUAACCAAACUAUACCACAUUGGUCUGUGUGUGAAGAAAAGAAAAAGAUACAAAUUGAUUAUGAAAAAGAAAUAAAAAUGGAUAAAAAUACAGAUGAUAUUUAUUAUAACUAUAAUUAUUUCUUAGAUCCGUAUAAUAAAAAAUUAGGUGUAUCUAAUGAUAAUGUUCAUCGAGAUAUAUAUUCAUCAUUAAUAAAAAAAGAAACAAUACAUAAUAAUUUAUUUUCUUUAAAUGAUGAACAAUUAUUAUUAAAAAAGGAAACAUUUGAAAAAAAUAAAAAUAGACAAAAUAAUAAUUAUAAUAAUAAUAAUAUAAUACAUUACAAGAAUCCAAAUGUUAUAGGUGAUCAGAAAGAAAAUAAGAUAUAUAAUUUAGAAGCGGAUUUAUCAAAACAUUUUAAUAUAACCAAACAUGAUAUGAUUAACUAUUUAAAUGAUUUGGAACUUAGACGAAUGAUUUAUUAUAAUAAUAAUUUUUUUUUAAGUGAUGAUAGUUAUGAUUCUUCAAGUUGUAUAUAUUCUUUAAUUAUAAAAAAAUGUUUACACAAUAAAAAAAAUAUAAAUAUUAUAUGGGAUCCAUUUUGUAGUACUGGAAAUUUAAUAUUCGAAUUAGUAUCUUAUCUACUAAAUAUUCCAUUAUAUAAUCAAGACGAAAUAGUACCCUUUAUGAAUUUAAAAAUAUAUAAUCAUCACGAAUUUCUUAAUAUAUAUAAUUAUAACAUGAAUCAUCUAAUUAAUAAUUAUUCAAAUAUACAUAUAAUAGGUAGCGACAAUAGAGAUAUGAUGAUUUUACAGUGUAAAAAAUAUUUGAUUAGAUAUGCCUUAUAUUAUAAAAAGAUAUUAAAAUAUAUUAAAGAUAAAAAGAAAAAUGAAAUAACUACUCAAAAAGAUAUAGAUAUACCUUUUAAUACAAAGAAUUAUACUAACCUUGUGGAUUAUACUCCUUCAAAUUAUAUAAAGAAAAACUCUUUCUUAAAAAAUGUCUUAAAGGAAGACUUAGAAACAUAUGAUGAUGUAGAUAAUAGUAUUGAUGAUAUGAAUAGCCUUUUUUAUGAAACGUCCCCCUGGAAUUUUUCCACAGACAUGGAUGAGUUGCGUAAAGUGAAGGAAGAAAGUAUAAAAAAUAAAAAUGGUGUGGAAAGUAUAAAAAAUAAAAAUAGUGUGGAAAGUAUAAAAAAUAAAAAUAGUGUGGAAAGUAUAAAAAAUAAAAAUAGUGUGGAAAGUAUAAAAAAUAAAAAUAGUGUGGAAAGUAUAAAAAAUAAAAAUAGUGUGGAAAGUAUAAAAAAUAAUAAUAUUUUAAAUAGUAGUAACCAUAGUACAAUUUUAAAAAAUACAGAAAAAAACGUUAAUACACCAGAUCAAUGUAAUGAUAAAAUUAAAGCCCCUGAUAUGGAUAUAAUAUCUAUAUCAACAGAGGAAGAUAAAAAGUAUAAUAUAAAUUUACCUUUUGAUGUUUCUUUUCACAAGGCUCAUUUUUUUAAUCUCUCCCCCUUUAUAAAAAAUGCAAUAAUUAUAACAAAGAUACCUCACUUUAAUUUCUGCAAGGAACUGGGUGUUAACAAGAAAACGUUCAUGUUAUAUGAACAAUUCGAUCAAAUGCUGUGCUCGAAAAAUGAUUGGGAAGGCGUUUAUGUGUUGAUAAGAAAUAAAACAUUUUUGAAUAAAUCAAAAUUAGAGUGGAAUAAAGUAUUAUCAAUAAAAGAUUCUAAAGGCAGAUUUUUAACCUUACUCUCAUGGACUGGGAGGAAAAAAAAUUUAUAUUCCUUGAACAAUGAAUAUGAUAAAUUGAAGGAACUUGAAAAGUUUAGUGAGAAAUUAAAGUUUGACAUAUAA